GGAGAGCAAAGCUCUGGAGCCAGCGAGGAGUGGAGCUGAGCCUGGCCUCGCAUGCUGCCAGAGGACCACCUCCCGAGACAGAGUUCUUCCCCUCUUCUGCUCGCUCCCAGCGCCCCUGCCGCCCUCCCUUCCUGCCCAGUACAAUGCAUUCUUGACUGGCAGCGCCUGGACUCCUAGCAGCCCCGAGAGCCGGAGCAAGCCACAGGGAGGACGGGAGCCAGACACUCUGGUGGGAGCUCGGAUGCCUGGCACUCUUUGAGGACAUCUCUGGAGCAACGGUGGCUUUGGGGUGGGGGGUGGUGCUGCAGGCAACCCAGCCAGGCCCCAAGAUGGACACUUCUGGGCACUUCCAUGACUCGGGGGUGGGGGACCUGGAUGAAGACCCCAAGUGCCCCUGUCCAUCCUCCGGGGAUGAGCAGCAGCAGCAGCAGCAGCAGCAGCCGCCACCAGCGCCAGCACCCCCGGCAGCCCCCCAGCAGCCCCCGGGACCCCUGUUGCAGCCUCAGCCUCAGCCUCUGCAGCAGCAGCAGCAGCAGCAGCAGCAGCAGCAGCAGCCACCGCAUCCCUUGUCUCAGCUCGCCCAACUCCAGAGCCAGCCCGUGCACCCCGGCCUGCUCCACUCCUCUCCCACGGCUUUCAGGGCCCCCCCCUUGUCCAACUCCACCGCCAUCCUCCACCCUUCCUCCAGGCAAGGCAGCCAGCUCAAUCUCAAUGACCACUUGCUUGGCCACUCUCCAAGUUCCACAGCCACAAGUGGGCCCGGUGGAGGCAGCCGGCACCGGCAGGCCAGCCCCCUGGUGCACCGGCGGGACAGCAACCCCUUCACGGAGAUCGCCAUGAGCUCCUGCAAGUACAGUGGUGGGGUCAUGAAGCCCCUCAGCCGCCUCAGCGCCUCCCGGAGGAACCUCAUCGAGGCUGAGCCCGAGGGCCAACCCCUCCAGCUCUUCAGCCCCGGCAACCCCCCUGAGAUCGUCGUCUCCUCCCGGGAGGACAACCAUGCCCACCAGACUCUGCUCCAUCACCCCAAUGCCACCCACAACCACCAGCACGCCGGCACCACCCCCAGCGGCACCACCUUCCCCAAAGCCAACAAGCGGAAAAACCAAAACAUUGGCUAUAAGCUGGGACACAGGAGGGCCCUGUUUGAAAAGAGAAAGCGGCUGAGUGACUAUGCUCUGAUUUUUGGGAUGUUUGGAAUUGUUGUUAUGGUGAUAGAGACCGAGCUCUCUUGGGGUUUGUACUCAAAGGAUUCCAUGUUUUCGUUGGCCCUGAAAUGCCUUAUCAGUCUGUCCACCAUCAUCCUCUUGGGUUUGAUCAUCGCCUAUCACACACGUGAAGUCCAGCUCUUCGUGAUCGACAACGGUGCGGAUGACUGGCGGAUAGCCAUGACCUACGAGCGCAUCCUCUACAUCAGUCUGGAGAUGCUGGUGUGCGCCAUCCACCCCAUCCCCGGCGAGUACAAGUUCUUCUGGACGGCUCGCCUGGCCUUCUCCUACACGCCCUCGCGGGCGGAGGCCGACGUGGACAUCAUCCUGUCCAUCCCCAUGUUCCUGCGCCUGUACCUGAUCGCGCGCGUCAUGCUGCUGCACAGCAAGCUCUUCACCGACGCCUCGUCGCGCAGCAUCGGGGCGCUCAACAAGAUCAACUUCAACACGCGCUUCGUCAUGAAGACGCUCAUGACCAUCUGCCCGGGCACCGUGCUGCUGGUGUUCAGCAUCUCGCUGUGGAUCAUCGCGGCCUGGACCGUCCGCGUCUGUGAAAGGUACCAUGACCAGCAGGACGUAACUAGUAACUUUCUGGGUGCCAUGUGGCUCAUCUCCAUCACAUUCCUUUCCAUUGGUUAUGGGGACAUGGUGCCCCACACAUACUGUGGCAAAGGUGUGUGUCUUCUCACCGGCAUCAUGGGUGCGGGCUGCACCGCCCUGGUGGUGGCCGUGGUGGCCCGAAAGCUGGAGCUCACCAAAGCGGAGAAGCACGUGCACAACUUCAUGAUGGACACUCAGCUCACCAAGCGGAUCAAGAAUGCUGCCGCCAACGUCCUCCGGGAGACGUGGCUCAUCUACAAACACACGAAGCUGCUGAAGAAGAUUGACCAUGCCAAAGUCAGGAAGCACCAGAGGAAGUUCCUCCAAGCUAUCCACCAACUGAGGAGUGUCAAGAUGGAGCAGAGGAAGCUGAGCGACCAAGCCAACACCCUGGUGGACCUCUCCAAGAUGCAGAACGUCAUGUAUGACUUAAUCACAGAGCUCAACGAUCGGAGUGAGGACCUGGAGAAGCAGAUUGGGAGCCUGGAGUCCAAGCUGGAGCACCUCACCGCCAGCUUCAAUGCCCUGCCCGUGCUCAUCGCAGACACGCUGCGCCAGCAGCAGCAGCAGCUGCUCUCGGCCAUCAUCGAGGCCCGGGGUGUCAGCGUGGCAGUGGGCACCACCCACACCCCACUCUCCGACAGCCCGAUCGGGGUCAGCUCCACCUCCUUCCCGACCCCGUACACAAGUUCAAGCAGUUGCUAAAUAAACCUCCCCACUCCAGAAGCAUUACCCAUAGGUCUUAAGAUGCAAAUCAGCUCUCUCCUGGUCCCUUUGCCGUCAAGGAACGCUGAGACCAGGGAAUGUAAAGAAGAGAGUCCGAGCUACUUAACUAACUCAUGUUCAUUCAGCGUGCUUGGUUCGAUAUGCCUUGAAACCAGAAAUCUAAUCUCUGUUUAGGUGCCUCUCCUUGGAAGCAGGAAGCUGAGAUGACAGGAAGCGACACCUCUGGCAGGGCCCUUGCUGCAGAGCUGGUGGAGAACAGAAAUCCACGCUCAAUCUCAGCGCCCCAAACACAAACUGGAGUUCCCUCUGAACAAAACCAUGAUCCAAUCUUCAACGUAUGACCUCCAAUCUAGGUGCCAAGUGCCCUGUGACACUCAUUGACACACCUGAGAAUCGCAUUCUGGAAGCGGUCACCUCGGACCCGGACCAUGUGUUGAAACAAACAAAAGAGACGUUGUGACCAGCCAGGCUGAUGGAGGAAAAGCACAAAAUUUAAUAUCAACCUGAAGUGAGGAUCCCAAAGAGAUGCUGAAUUUAUAGCCAAAAAGAAAAAAUCGAUGACAAAUCAAAUAUGAAUCUGAUUGGAACAGCCCACAGCCAGAUUCACAGGAGGACAGGGAAUAAGUGACGUUCUCUAACCGUGUCGUAUUAUUUCAGUUCUUGAAUCUCAACCAAGACCGAUUCACCUUCAUCGGACACAGUGUUUAAUGGCACAGCAACUCAGCGUUGGUCCCAGACUCUCAUUCCGCACCGACCAGAAGCGAACGACGGAAGAGAAUGACAGGAUGUUCGUGGAGGAAACGUUUUCAUGGCAAACUCAGAAACUGAAGUGUUUAUAUUCAGAAUCAGAUGAGCUUCACUAUGAAUUUGCAUCUUGCCUCUCUGUACUGCUUGCUAUUUUUUAAUGAUAGGAGAAAGCAUAUCCGUUUAUUUUAAAUAUGAAAUAUAUUGCUAUAUUACAAAAUAUAUUGUAACUUUCCAUUAACAUUUUGUAUCCAACUAGUCUUUGGCAGGUCGGGUGUCGGCCUGCUCUCCCAAUGACUGUUUCUGAGUACACAUCCCUGCGAGUGAUUGCCCGAACCCCAGAACAAGGCCCUCAGCCUGCACAACUGCCAUAGUCUAAUUCUCCGAGACCCGACUGUUAGAAACAAGAGAACAUUAUUGCGGGCUUAGGAGGAUAAUUCUACCCUAAAUUCUAUCAAGCCAUUCCAGAAGAGAUUUAUUUUAAAGCCAUUACUCCUUUAGUAGCUGUGCAGAGCCAGUUGAAUACGAGAGCAGGCUCUUUCUACGUCAAUUCCAAGGCCCCGUGACGUGAAGGACAGGCCUCAAACUCAGCCAGUGUUUCCUUCGGCUGAGUCAGAAUCGGGCGUCGGGAAGAGCCGUGCUCUCCUGUGACACAAAAGACUCAAAAUUCUAGGCAUUUUGGGUUUCUCUGUGUCAGAGCAAACGCUGGCUCGGAGUCCCACCUCCUUGGGGCUCGCUUUGAGCCCCGUGUGCCGAUGGGCUUUCCUGAGUUGGGAGCACCUUCGGAGGGAGUGAGGUCCCCGCUGUUUACCCACAAUGUGGAGCGCAGCUCCUGAGGGACAGAGGGGAGAGGGGGGGACCUGUGCAGCCAGAUCAGCAAAGAGGCAGGCUUCCUUUCCUACUAGUUGACUCCAGCUGGGAGGAAAGAGAGUUCAAUCCAGAUGUUUUCCUUUCUGGGAAACAUUGGGGGAAAGUCUCUACGUAAGCCGCUACGAAGGCCAUUGCCCUCCUUCUCCGACACGGCAGUUGAGACACACAGAGAAUUUCUCACUUCCCUCCUUUGAAUGACGGGGGCACUCGAUGAAAACAAGGUGUGUUGGUCACAGAACAAAGGUUCCCCAGAAGCAACACUGGGCGAGCUUGUCCCUUCCUUGCCCAAAUUCUGCAAACCCACACAGGCAUGCUGAUAGUGCCAAGCAGCAGGCUUCCUCCUGG